AUGAGAAAAGCCGAGGUGCAAAUGACCCUGAAAAAAGGGGCAGACGAAGCAAUGGCACCUCCGAGCCCUGUCAUCCCUCCCAAGCGGUCCAAAGCGAGCCUGGAGCAAGUUGUCCCAGAAUCUCGAGGACCUGGUCUUCCAACUCCAACUCCUCCUGUUUUUAUUCGCAAAAUGAGGAAUGCUGCCGUGGGGACGGGAUGCGACAUCCGCCUCAAAGUGACUGUGGCUGGAGACCCCCAGCCCUCCCUGUACUGGUACCACAAUGACGACCUCCUCAACAUGGAGAACCAGGAGUAUGGAGGACUCUGGAUUAGGGAUUGCAAACCGAGUGAUGCUGGACUCUACACCUGCAUCGCUAAUAAUCACCUGGGAGAGGCCCGGAGCAGCGCUGUACUCGCCGUCUUGGAUCUGGGUGAAGGUAAUCCUAAUUCAUACAUUAUAAAUGUAUCCUCCUGUGUAGUUUGGUCAUUUAAGAGUCAUUUUCAGCAUGAAUUAUCAUGUCUAAAUCAAACAGGAUAUGGAUGACAGUGUGCUCAAAAUAUUCAGAAACUUCUCCACAUCAUUUCCCAAUAACAUAAACGUUUUAUUUUACCAGCAUCCAUAAAAAUUACCCGCAAUACCACAGUUAUCCAAAAUGCAACCCCCCUGUCUAUCAGACUACAAUAAAUGACAUAAUUUAGGAUUCAUUUGAGUUAUCACAGGGCUAAAUAGUGCCAUCUUUCUUUGGCAAAGUAGCACAGAUAAUUAGCUUUUUGUUGUUACUGCUGCUUCUUAAUUGUUCUCAGAAUAAAAAGUCCUGCUUUAAAUACAGAUAAAGAAGUUAUUGUCGAGGUUUGGCACUUCUCCAAAAAGAAAGAGGAAACAAAAAAGAGAAAUUGGCAUGGCAUAAAUAAAUGGUUGGUGAUGGCUGUAAUUUCACUUCUCUUAGGGAAGAGUCUGUCUGCCUCACCCAGUUACACCUGUCUGAAGACUGACCCUCACAGGUGUUUAACGCUCAGGUGUGAUUGCAGCCUUGAUGAGUCGAGAUAGUCUCUUGUUAUCAACCUUUCUUCCAUUGUUUUAGUUUUUCCAAAGCCAAUUUCUUCUGAUUUUUACUCUACGACAUAUGAUGACAUUUUGGUCCUACAGUUACAGAAAUAUAAAUGAUUUGUUUCAUGAACACGAGAAGAAAUAUUCAGAUCUACUGCCAUGUGGGAGUCAGUCCAUGUACAUUAUAUUUAAUAUGUAACUGGCAGAGGAGACAAACUGGACUUGAUUUAAUCAUAGCUACACCGGUACAAUAUGUUUACCUAUGAAACAAAACAUUAAGACUCAUAAUUAACACACUAGAAUAAACGCAAAUCAUUGUCUCUUAUAUAUUUUUUAAUCGUUAGAUGUCUCAGAUGAAGUUGUUCCAUAAAUAACACAAAUUUUAAACUGUCAUCAAAGCUCUCAUAUGCAAAUCAUCACAUACAAAUCAUUAUAUUUUAUUAUUCUGCGUGUUUAAACAGCAUUUCAUCACCAGUAUUACAGAGAAGAACUUUUCUGUGUCGACUCUCAGCUCGUAUCUCUAUUUUACGAAUAACUUAGUCAAAAGGUUAUUGCAAAGUAACUACGGAUGAAGCAUCUCUGCACGUCUGAAGUGAUGUGUAUUUAUAUUUUACAGACACAGAGGGCUCAUUAGAUAGUUUAAAACACUCAUAUUCAGCUCAGUUCUAGUUUUAUUUCAGUUCUCGGGGUCGAUUAUCUUGAUACCUUUUAUGUAUUGUGCUCUAAACUGCAGUUUCUUUGUUUAUUCUUGUAUUAAUGGCAGCAUGGGGGUGUUGCUGUUUGAAACGAGCAUGUAAGGAGAACUUGAUUAGACUUCCACAAAGCUUGCAAGAAACCGUGGAGAUGAAAAGUCCUUUGACAGAUUAGCUAGAGGGAGCUUUUGAAGUGUGUUUCAGUCCUAUUCCUCACUGUCUAAGCAGGGAUGCUCUGAAGGCCGACGCCUGUUAACAGCUCUGCCAUCUGAUCAUUAAAACCUGUUUUUAUUCAUUGUGCGGUCUCCAGCGCUGAUCUAAAUUCAGCUCACCUGAGUGCUUUGACCACCUCAGCGGCUGUGAAAAAUGACAUUACCAUCGCUACAAAUAUGCCCUUCAUAUAUCAGCUGGAGUAGUCUGUCAUUCUUUGGCAGAGCUCUGCGUGAGCGUGUAGCGGAAACUCACUCUUCAAUUUAGAUCUGGCUUUUCCUGCUGAGAGAGCACAUCGGGCACGCAUUUGCAUGAACAAAAAUGUCAAAUCUCAUCACCGCUGAACACAGUUCAAUCAGCGGAGCAAUCAGUUUUGAAGUUUUGGCGAAUGAUAGCUUUCUCUGGUGAUGUAGCAUAAAGCCGGGAGUGCUUACAUAACAUUCCCUGCUGAUUUACAGAAAUGAGACGCUGCUCUGUGCAAGCUCAAGACAAAAACUGGGAACUAAAGGAGCAGUGAUGUCUGCAGCUAAGGCAUCGUAAUCAUAGGAGUCCUUUAAGUUUGGGCUGCAUUAUGUUUAAAUGUUAUUAUGCUGAGUUAAUAUGAGUCCAGAUAAAACGUGUCUUUAAAUUUUAGUGCUCAGAAUAUAACAUUAUGGCGCAGUCUGCUCCUUUCCAGAAGAUAAGCUGUUAAAAAAACAUAGUUGGGUUUCUAGUUCACCUCCUCCCUAUAAAAAAAGCGAUUAACCACCUCCUCUGAAAGUAAUUGUUUUCUACAUAAUACGGGUCAGCAGGAUUGACUUUGCUGUGUAUCUAUUAAAAGUUGAUGUAAUUAGAAAAGUCACAUAUGAACUCUACAAUACGGAUACAGUUGUUACACCAUUUUCCUUUUCAAGUACGAGGCGUUUAUGAUUCAGUUUAGAUCCGGGCUUUUGUAAACUUUAAUUGGUGAUUUUAUCUGCAGCUUUAUGGUUACGCUGUCAAACUUAUACGGUCUUUUCAGCGUUCAGAGAUUUCACAGGGGAGCCGUGGUGUUCGGAAAUAAAGUACGACAGUGGGAGAAGAUGAAAGUGCUGUUUUAUUACACCCUUGUGUGAUACAGUAUGAAGGCAGUCGUCGUGAUAGCCUGGAUCACAGGGGACGUCUUUAAAAGAGAGGUUUUAUGUGACAGUCGUAUAGAUUCACGCAUGGUUUAGUUUUGUGGCUUUUAGUAUCGUGUUUUAAAUCUUGUGUUUCUGUUGCCAUAGACGAUCUUGAUAUCUGAACCUGUUGUGGAUUCUCUGUGCUAAUCACAAUCCCUGCAGCUUCCCUGAAAAACCUUGAAACAAAGUUCGGGAACAACAUCUUGAUUCAGGAGUGUUUCUUUGAUUCUCCAUUUUAACCUUCAGUUCGAUUCAGCUCUCUGCUGCUUUGCCAUGUGCGUAGUCUACAGCUGUCCCAUCACUCAAUGGUUCUGCUUGAACCUUUCUCUCUCUCCCUCUCUCUCUCUCUCUCUCUCUCUCUCUCUCCCUCUUUGAAAAUGUCUCUCUGUACCGCCCCCCUCAUCCACCAACUCUCCCUGGUUAUUUAUACAGUGGAAUGUGCCAGGCCUUAGAUUUUUGUGAUGUUAGCAGGCCAGCGUCUCUCCUGUUACAUAGGAAGACAUCACUGCUAAUUUUAGCUCCGGCCCUGUGUGACUUUUUUCUCCCCUCUGACAAGGGAAAGGGGCUUAUUAUGAAUCUGCAACAUCUACUAAAUAUGCAGGAGCAUAAAGAUGUCUGCCGCGCGCUGUGGCAUUGUGCAUCUUGCAUUAUCUGAACCCGUGUUACUCCCAUAAAGUCUCUAUCUUCCUUUGAAAUACGAGUGCCGAAAAACUGACAAAGAUCACAGUGGUGACAUCCACUUCACAGUAUUUCCUGUAACAAGGGGCUAAAAGACACGAAAAAGCGACAUAGAGCCGAUGAAAGUGCAGUUAUUUCUUGAUAGUGAUUUUUUCUUUCCCUGUCAGUCUCAAAGCUUGCAGAUGAACUCCACUGUUUGCAGAGACAUAGCACUGGCAGCUUUAGAUGUCAUCCCUGAGUGUGACCAUGGCUGCUUUCCAGGGUGUUUGGAUAGUUUCCUCUCCAUGUUGUCUUCUUCUGAUAGCAUGAAUGUGAGCGAACAGGUGGAGCUGUGGAAAUCCCCUACGCUGCCAUGUUGCUCCAAUUAGUCCAAAAGCACAUCAAUGAAUUAAUGUUAGCACAAUAAAUCCUGCAGGGUUAUUAUGGGCUUUUAUAACAGCUGCUCUUUUCAGGAUCAAAGUAUCUCUAAAUGUUCAAGUGUAAAGACUCGUUUAGGGCCAACAUCCCGGCGACGCCACAGUGUUAGCUAGAAGCGAAAUAAAGCUGGAGUGACACAUGAAUCGCCACCACGGGAUAGUAGACAUCGUAACAAGAGUCUUAAAAUGUGUCCUGUUCAAGUAACACUCUGUCCUGGUAAGUCAGUGACCUCAUAUUCAGAGAGAUCAGCAUUAUCUCCCUCCAUUUUUACAAAAACAAGCAAAACAACAUGCUAGCUAAAGCUGGUUAGCAUGUCUUAAGUAUUGUUUCACCCUCAGCUAAGCACUGACCACCAUGAAGUCAUCAUUCAUGUGCAUUUACAUAUAUGCUGGUUAGACAUUUUGGUGCAGUUGGGGUUUCAAUCAGUACGUUUACAUGACACUCAAGGAAACCAAAUUAUUGCCUCACUUUGAUUAAGACCGGACAACUUAAAUGCAUGUAAACACCUUUGUCUGAUUGGAGUCAGAGAACUCUGAUUAAGACACCCAGAUAAUGCGAUUGGAAUUCGAUUUUCUCUACCAUGUAAACAGCGUAGUCAGAGUAUGAUUGGACAAUGCAUGUGCGUGUGCGCCAUGCCCCUGUAACCCCGGAACGAAACACCAGAGAAGAGGAGUAGCGUGCGUCUUAUCUGCAGAAAAAGUAGCGUGAACAUCAUGUACGACAAAAACAGCGCUGUACUGAUGCUCCAUCUUCUUGCUCAAAAACGCCCAGCAACAAUUGUAGCCACUUCUGAUAUCUGACAGCACGGACUUAGACUUAGGUCUAGGAUUAAGCUGUGCAUGUAAACGCACUGACUGUCUUACCCAAGGACAAGCAAAGACUGCUUUGUCCACAGGGGGCGCCAGAACAAAUACACAAAUGGAAAGUUCCUUACUGGAGCUUUAAGAGAAGGCCGGCUCAUCUGCUGAGCCUCCGUCAAAUGCAGCUAAUGCAAAUAGAAAAGGACUAAAUGAGGAAUCAGUGCUAUUGAAAUACAGUUCAUAUAUUAAGCCUCUAGUAUGUGAUGCAUUCUGACUGCUGAAUAAGAUAUGUCUUUCAGAAGUCGACAGUAUUUUGCAGAAUAAAAACUCAGUCAAGGCAACAUUGUGCAGAAAGGGUUGAAUUGAUGCUGUUAACAUGCCGUUUGCAGAAAGUUCUUGAUAAUGGUUGGAUUUCAGAGUACUUGCUGCUAUGCAGGCUUUAAUCUUGGUAUUGAUUUGCACAGCAGAGUGACGAUAAUACUCUGUGGGUAACUUAUUUUGCAUAUUUGUAACCUAAAAUAAGUAUUUAAUCUCCGCUGACUCAGACACUGUUUGCACAGGGUAAGUAUUACCUGGGGACCUCUAAGAAUUAGUGAAAUGUCCCCUGAUAGAGUCGGCAUUGGACUGGAAAGGGAAAAAAAAUACAGCCCCAAAUAAGUGAGACAUGAACAGGAUUGAUAUUGUGAAAAGACCUCUGUGUGCUCCAUGUGACUUCAACUUUAAAACUACAGACAUAGUGGAUCAGCACAGGGUUUUGUUCUUCUGUUCAUACAAUUUAUCAGAGAUCCUCAGAUAAUACUUACCCCGAGCAAAAUAAGAAUUUAGGAUAAACAAUAUUUACUCUGCAGUGAGGCACUCCAGACUAUUUAAUCUUUAAUUUCAGUGCGAACAACCAGGGACACAUCAGACAGAAUGGUAGUCUUUGCAUUCACAGUGUACCGCCGGCUCUGUUGGUGCGUAAUGCUUUGAGAAAUAUCACUUUGAUUUAACAUAUUACUCUGACAAAUCCCUCAAACGAAAAGCAUUUAUUCUGUGACAGGUUAUUACUCCAGAACACGGCCUGUCCUGCAGCUCGCUGCAAGACAGCAUGUUGUUAUUUUUGACACAAGGCUGAGUAUCACGUUGGGUUUCCCUGUUUGUUUAAUCAAUGUUGAAUACAUGCAUUUAAAAGCAGAAGAGGUCCACGGAAAGUGCAGCUGCCAAGGAAACAAGAAGCUACUCCCCAUGACCUGAGAUUACAUAAGACAUAGAGGAUGUAAUUAAGCCUGUAGGUAUGUGCAGUUUAUCGAAUCAUAUCUGCUUUUUCCCUCAUUGCACAGUUUUGUUAGCUCCGGAUUCAGCUGAGGAGAGCGUUUCCUGAGGUGUGUUUUGCAGCGUUAUAUUGUUCUCAGCUCAGUGCUUGAUGUGUGGAUUGAAAUAAGCGUAGUUAUUUCUGUGCAGUGGUUUAUUCUUGGUGGUGAAAUGAAAUGUGUAAGCAGUAAUGCCUUUUCCUUUCCCUCAGGGCUGAGAAUCCUCACAUACUGAGUCAUUUCAAAUGAAGCACAUGGUUAUACCAAAGAAUACAGAAUAAUCAAGAAAAUAACAUCGGCAGCAGCAUCCGACUGGGUUUUUUUUGCACAGUAACACCGUAGCUCUUUUCUUUAGCUGUGAGUAUAUCAAUCCCAUCUAUCACAUGCUUUGAAAAAAGCUGUGCUUUGUGUAAGCAGCCAGUAACACAUUUUUUUUUUCUGUGAGAGCUAACAGAGCUCCAGCAAUGCAGAGGAGUGAGGAGCUCCCUGUAGCUGUUGCAGCGAUUCUCCCCUUCUCUGCCGACAACACACCGUCGGUCGGCUCGUUACACCGGUUGAAGAAUAAGACACAGACACAUGGGGAGGAAGGGAAAAAUGAAAAAUGUCAACCAAUGCUGUAGAACACUGAUCUCAAGAGGGCUGGAUCACUCCCACUGGUUUUUCUGCCUAUCGGUGUGCACUGCCUGUGGGGUGGAACACAGCGGGGGAAGAUGCUUACACUGUCGCUGGCUAUUGUGUGGACAGGGGGGCUCCCUCAGAGUGGAUGAUAUGCAUUCAACAGACGUUUCCACCUGCGGACGGAGGUCUAUUCUCUUUGCUUUUCAGAGAGCGAUCCUCUCAGAAGAAGUGCCGAGACUCUGAGGUGCAACUUAUUAUGUAAUGGACCAAAGUGCCUUUUUUUCCUCCUUCUUCUUUGAUUUUGACUGAGGAUCUUUCACCGGCAGACUUUGAGCAGAUAGCAAGUUUAAUCUUUUCCACCUACUUGCCGAUGUCUCCGUAGAAAAUUUCUAAUUCAGGCGUGUAGUAAUGGCUCGGAUCCCCCCCGUAUUUUGGGGAAUACCCUGCUGCUGAAUGUAAGCCAAGACAAAAUAUCUUUCGAGGAUAUACCUACAGUGGCCAUGAACCAAAUCCAUACCAAAGAAAAAAUCAGGCAAGUGCUGUUUUAUGGUAUCUUUGUCAGUCAUUUGUGUUUUUAUUUUCCUUUUUCUCUUGCUCCAACCAUUUGAUCGAUACAAGCCUCCAAAAUAUUCCAUGUGUAAUCAUGAGAAAAUGAAUUUGUUAAUAAUGCUGCUGCUCAGCUGGUACACAAUGUUUCAUAUUUGACAGUCAGAGAUAAGUGUGAGUGAUUAAAUGAGAGGAAGGAGCUCUGUACACCUUAAAUCGAAUAAAAACCUGUGUAAUCACAUUAUCCCGAAGAAACCCUCAUUAAAGCUUUGAUUAGACACCAAGCUCAUGGCACUGCCACAGCUUUGAACUAACUUCAAAGAAGACUUUCAGAGUUUCGCUAGAAAGACGAUUUACUGUAAUGUUUGUCUGAAAAAUUCUGCUUAUGUAAGAGGAGGUUUGGAGUUUAACUGGAGGAAAAAAAUAUACAGAAUUCAAAAUAAAUACAACCUCCUGAAGUGGAAACAAUGCCCAACCCUAACAUGACAAUGUGUGUGUUACAUGAGCAGCAUUAGGAGGCGAUUUAGACAGAGGGGGUAGUUCUUAACAUAGUGUAAGUCUUAUUUUGGAUGCUGUUACUCCAGCUUUGUGGGUUUCUGUCACUGUUGAUGAUCCACACUCCCCUGGGACUAUAGUGGGAUAUGUACUGUGACACCCCGUGUGCUUACGCUGCCAUCAGACCCCUGUAAAGAAAAACUAAUUAAGCAGUUCGAUGUCUUUAGAAUCCUGCUUAGUUCUGUAAAUUUGAACUCGAUGUCGAUUAUUAGAUUUACAAAUAUUUUACAUGUAGUUGAAACUCAGAGGAAGAGCCUGAGUUUGAUGAAGAAAAAGCCCCGCAGAUAACCUCAUUGUUCACCCGUGUUUCUGCUCAGCCAUCUGCUCCGCAUGUCAUCACCCCGAUUGUCUAGUACACUAAUUAACAAAACUAAUGCAGCGUUCAGAUUUAACACUAUUAACGAAUCUGUAUUUUAUGCUUUGGUAGCUGCAAGUAAAUUGACGAAUUGUUUCGUUCUUCUUGUCUGUGAUGAGUCUUUUGUAAAGAUGAAGUAAACAUGGAGAAGCUAAUCAGUGCUAAUCGACCACCUCUGUUAUUGACAGCUCUAAAAUUUACUUUACAACAUGAACGGGAUGCAAAGUCAGGUGUCAAAGCAGGCUAUUUCUUUAUUUUUUAUAACUUGAGUCUGAUAACUGCUUCAUGAUAACUGCUUCAUGAGACACAUGAGAUGAGAUUUUAAAAAGGCAAACAGAGUCAAUCAGAUUAGAUAAUUUGGCACAAUUCUUAGUUUUUUUUGGCUAAUGUCUUUUAAAUAGAAGCAGAAGUAGUACUAUGAUACAAUAUGAAAAAAAAUAAUACUGGGAAUGGGAAUCACUAGUGGCCCCACGAAACGAUAUUAUCACGAUACUUGGGCCACGAUACAAUAUCAUUGUGAUUUUUAACAUUUUACAAUACAGUGAGUAUUGCGAUACAAUAUAUUGCAAUUUAUACAAAUUUUCAACUGUGCAGCUAAUUUAGCAUUUGGCUUUCCUUUAUGUUUGUCUUAUUUACACAGUAAUUUAUUUUCAUGUAGCACAUCUUGCAAACCUUAUAUAUAUUUAUCAUGCUAACUUUUUCCUGCUCUAUGAUGUUUCCUCUGCCGACCUCACUGGACAAACAGUUGAUUUUAUUUUUCCAUUAUCAUAGAUUUGACUUCAUAUUAGCGAUUAGUUUGAAAAAUCAAUACUUGGUAAAUGAGACGAUAGGAUAUAUCACUAGACAAAAUAUUGCGAUACUAUGCUGUAUCGAUUUUUUCUCCCACCCCUACUAUAUAAAAUCUAUAAUAUGAUAAGAAACAAUAAAACAGUAUGAUAUGAUAAGAUGUGACAUUACAUAAAUUGAUAAUGCAGUUCUACUCAACACAAUAUCAUAAAAUAAUAGAAUAAGAUGCGAUACAGUACAUGUGGUAUAAUAUGAUGCAGUACAUUCAUUACGUGAAGUAACAUUAUGUUAAGAUAUGUUACAGUUCUUCAUGUAGAUUAUUGUUGCACCACAUAACAUUUUACAUUACGUUAAGCUGCGUUAUGUUAUUUUAUGUUUGUUGCAUUUGGAUAUAAUGCGACUAAGAUAUUGUGAGAUUUGCUCACAAUACGACAUGAUGUGAUUCAGUGCCACACAAUGCAAUGUAGUGCACUUUUGUUGUUGCCGUAGAGAUUUUCGUCUUGGAAUAAAAGCAGCAGCAGCACGCCUCAGGUCUGGGUAGUGCUACUGACAGAGUAAUCUAGUUUUAAGAUUUAAAAAGCUUGAACAUUAUUUAUUCACCAGACUCUUGGAGCACCACAUUUAAGAUACCGCUACGUUAAAUGUCUGAGUUUUCAUUUUUUGAAAUGCUUUGAGUAAUAAUAUAAACUCCACACGCUCAACAAGUGAAUUCUCAACAAGUUUUUCGCUUCAAAGAAUAAGACGAUGAAAAGCCCUUCAAACAUUUGCUCUGCGGCGGCCCUCCGCUGGAUUCACACCAGUUUUCAUUACAACAAACACCAUCCUUAUGAAUUCUUUUACUGCAACCGAACAACAGAUAGCCUCUGUUUAUUAUAAGCAAUAACACCUACUGUGAAGCAAACGCCUCAUGAGAGCUGCUGGGAUGGCAGUGACUCAAUAGUGCUUUCUAUUUUGAGUUCUACCAGUGACUGAGUUUGAUCUCAGUCAAGGGAGAACAGUCAUCUUCAGAUGGUUAAAAUGGAGCAAAUUGGUGGUUUUAAAAAGGUAAAACUGAGAGAAUGCCCCACAUCUGUUGUUCUGCUCCUUAAUUUUCUGCACCCCUUCUCUAUACCAGCAUGCAAAUGUUUAUGAGAUAAUUAUGAAUAUUAUAGACUCAGCAACAAUACAGCUGCUGCAGAUUUUAUAACGUUUAGCUUGGCUCUGCUAAUUAAUUCCUGCGGGGGACAUCUUUUAAAGUACAGUAAAGUGACAGUCAAAUAGGAUACGACAUAAAACUAAACUUCCACAUCCUUAUGUACCCAUUAAUGUCAAUUUGUACUGUAGAUUUUUGUCUGUUGUUUACCUUGAAAGGAGUGAACUGAGCAGGAAAAAACGAGGUCUGUUGGUUUUUAUAGUAAUGUGUGAUCUCUCCUUUUCUGCUGCCACCAUGGUAACUCUCUCUAAAAAUGAUUGGAAAAAAAAAACUAUUGUUCAGUCCUGCAAACUCUUCUUUUGUCUGUGUAAUUUUUUCUUCUCUUUUAUUCCUUUUCAGAGUCUGACACAACAGAUGAUGAAGGUGAAGACCAACUUGAGACCAAAGAAGAGGGUGGGGAUGUUGAGGACCAGGCUGUGUACGCAGGUAUCAACCAAGAAGAUUUUGAUUUGGACUUGUUUUUAUUUUGGUUGGGCUUUAGUUUUUUUAUGUAUGUGAAAUUUCUCUCUAAUUUAUAUGGAGAUUAUAUGGUGUUUGUUGUAAUGAAAUAUAUAUUAGAUUGAAGUAAAUUGUGUAGUGAAAAUUUAAAGAGUCUUUAUGGUAAAUAUGACUGCUAGCAUGUUGGUAAUCUAAAAAAGUGCAUGAAUAUACAAAAAUACUCUGUUGUAUUUUACACUUUAAGUUAAUUCUUUGUUGAUUUGUUCGUAUUUGGAAACUCAUUUGAAACCAAGAUAUGGAAACCCUUGCUAUUCCAGCUUUACACAUCAGUUACACGAUCAGUGCAGGUACCUGGUUGUUAACCUGUUCAGUGAGUCAUAUCUCCCAUUUACAUGUGAUGCAGUGAAGGACAGAUGUUCAGAAGAUGAAAAUAGAACACACGGAUAUGAAGAUCACUCAAACACAACCAGGCAAGAAAAUGUCAAACAUUCCCAUGAAGUUGGAAAAACAUGUACAAAAGUUCUAAACUUGUAACAACCCACAGAUUUUUCCUCAAAUUCUCUAUUUCAGGAGCCAGCCAGAGAAUUUUUCAAGAGAAUCUCCCCCUGAAGUCCUCCCACCCCCGUCCCCAAGACUUGUCAAACGUACCUCCACCUCUCCGAUGCCAAGCCGCUCUGGUUCAACUACACCUCUCAGCUUACGGAAGAAAACUGUUUUGCCGACUGAGUACCAAGACACGGUGCCUGGGGAGUUUGAAGAAAAGGUAAAGCAGCCAAAAUCUACGACACAAAGUAGCACCCAGGAUUCCCGGCCUCAGACUCCAGUGAGCGAGUACUCCCGCAAAGAGUUCACUCACAGACCUUCCCCGAAGCUGACCAGAGCUAGCUCAAAGGUUUUCGAGAAGGUCCGUGGCUUAGAAGAGCGAAGGCGAAGCCUUGAUAUUCCAGAAGGUUCCAUUUCAGGAAGAUCUUGGGCCGGGUUUAACCGUGCUGGAUCCGUGGACUCAGAUGAUGGAGGAAGCAGAUUGGGUAUCUCCAGAGAAAGUUCCCGAGAGGAUCUGAGGGAAGCAUUGAAGGAAGAUGCUGCUGAGCGUAGAUCUCUGUUUAGACAGAGAGCUGCUUCCCUGGAGGAGAAACCUCGCUACUCCCAAAAGGUUCAGGACAUUGAGAACAAGUUCACUGAGGAGCUUCAGCGCAUCAAGAAACUUGUGGGUAAACCUCAUCUGAAAAAAUCCUUUUCAACUGAACAGCUCACUCUGAGGGGCAAGCAGCGCCAGCCUCUGAGGAAAAUUGAACCCAUUCCUCCACAAGUCCUUCAGAAGCUCCAAGAAAGGGAACGAGCCCAGUGGGCAAAGGAACAGAGAGAAAGGGAACUAAGUCAGCAGCCAAUGCAGCAGCAACAAUCCCUACCCCAAAGGACAGCCAGCACUGCUAUUACAAGCGUGACGGUCAGUAGAUUUGGAGAGGUUGCCGGCACUCCCGAGUCCAUGCAGUUAUCUGACUUACCGGGACAACGACCAGUGAGGGAAUUAAGCAGAGUCAGUCCAGUUACAGAGAUCGUCCAGAGAUCAUCAUCACCAGCUCUAUACCAUCAGCAGAGGGAAGGGUCGCCCAGCAGAAAUGUUUCUGAGAUGACGUUACGUAAGGUUGAACGAAGGCCCCCGAGUCCGCUUGUACAAAGAGUAUCCCGAAUGCAAGAAACCCAGCACAUCCCAGACUCUCAAAAGGACGAGCCUUCCGGGAGAAAGACGCCGAUAGAAGUCGUACUAAGAAAGAUUGAAAACAGACCUGAAAGUCCACUGGUGCAAAAAAGAGGCAUACUCAUGCAAGAGCUUCCGUCAUCUCAACCUCCUCAGAAACCCCCGAGGAUGUCACCACUCAGUCCGACAGAAGAGAAAAUGGAAGUGGAGCAGUCUAAACCAGCCUUAAAGAUACGAAUCCCAGCUAUUAUCGUUGAAGACGAGAAGAUGGAGGAGGAUCCUCCUGUGAAGGCGAGUGAGCCUCAGCAGACCACUACCAGCACCACAGAGGGACAGCAGCCAAAGACCAAAGCAAAGAAGCGUCGACCUCGACCCAUGUCUCCAGAGCAAGGUCAGAUUUCUUUGUGCUUCUGUUCCUUAGCGCUCUCUCUCUGUAGGAGUUGAAUUUCCACUCUGCUAAGGCUUUCAUCUAAACUCAGACAAUCAGCAAGAGAGGGAGAGUUUUUCUUCAAUUUUAACCCCUGGAGAAAAAUAACUAAAGGCUUUCCUUUUGAUGCACUCUGCAGAUUCUUCAGAUGAUUCUUACGUGUCUGCUGGAGAAGACCCAAUGGAGGCCCCUGUGUUUGAGUUUUCCCUGCAGGAUUCUGUAGCAUCUGCUGGUGCAGAUGUGCAACUAAAAUGUAUCAUCGCUGGAACCCCUAUUCCUGAAGGUAUUACGUUACGAUGUCAUGCAUGAUCUCUGUAUUUUACCCACCAGAUUGUGGCAGGUAACGGUGAAAUUAACAAAUCUGCAAACUUCUCUCUGUAUUUUCUCUGUUGAAGUUACCUGGAUGAAAGACGACUCUGAAAUCACUGGGAUUGCACAUUACACGGUUAAAGUGGAGGGUGAACGUCACAGCCUGUUCAUUAAAUCGGCGAGAGUAACCGAUGGGGGGAAAUACUGUGUAACCGCUGUCAAUCAGGUGGGCAAGGCGUCAAGCAGUGCCACCCUUAUAGUAAAACCAGGUAAGCUUGGCUGUAAACUGUUUGUAGGAUUAGUCUGUAUUUUCUAAGAUUUAUUUAUACUUAGGGUGACCAUAUUCUGACUUACCAAAAAGAGGACAUGACUACAUGGGGGCGGAGUCACGGAGUCGCACAAAGUUAAUUUUGAGAGUUUUUCGGGUCGGAUCGAGUGUCUUUAAUGCACUUCUAACUCAGUGAGUCCACGUGACACAAACUCGAAACUUCCGUACAAAUUCGCAGACAUUUGAAGGAUUUUGCAAACUUCCCUUGACAAAGCCGGACAGCCCCCCAAAAAGAGGACAUGUCCGGGUAAAAGAGGACGUAUGGUCACCCUAUUCAUACUGGAAUUUAUUUUCUCAAGAAGACGCUCAAAAUGUGUGAGAAAAUAUUCUUCUCUGGUGUUUGACAUGACAGACUGAUUACACAUUACUGCCACCUACAGGCCUGGCAUGCCUUUGUACGGAUAUCUGACUGCUACUGUGUGGACAAACAUUCAUAACUCUUGUAAAGUGGGCAGGGUUUUUAUUUUGUUGUUGUUGUUAUGAAAGCACAGAGGAAAAAGCUAAUUUUCUGUGUACAUGUAGACAUGGCAUUAAAUAAGAGUUCUUGUACCAAGGGAGCGAUGAAAUAUGCUGUUAGCUGUUCAUAUUAUUAUUAUUUUCCUAUUGAAUGAAUGAAAAAAGGCUCACAUAUAUACAAAAACAGGCUAAUGUACCCGACAGCAGCCUUUUAUUUUGAAAAGAUCUUAUCCUCCAUGGUAUAAAAACACCCUGUGGCCUCUUUCCACACUGGCAUUGUGUUUCUGCUGAUUUCUCUCCGGCUCCCUUGUCAUUAUCUCUUUGAGGAAAAUGUCUCUGCCAUAUAUUCCAGCUGAACAACCUCACUUAUAGUUACCAUGGCAACUCAGAGGCAAAAGUGAACCUAUAAAUUGCCCACUGAGGCUCGCUGGCUCCACCCACUGUGAAUCCACUAUUGUUUGGAUAUCACAUUUGACAUCUCAGAUUCUAAUUGUAUUUUAUGGAGGCUUUGUUAUUUCUUUAUUUAUUUCUUUGUUGGAGAAUAAACAACCUCCUUGAACCCCUGCACUGUCACAGCUUUGUUCUCUAACAAUAAAGCAAGAGUGGGCCGAGGCAAAAUGAAAAGGUGUUUUAAGGACUUCUUUGUUUGGAGAAUUACAUGAAACAUAAGACAUAUCACCCUGCCGCUUUCACAGAGUCUGUGCACGAGCCAAGAGGGAACCUGGGUGUGCCUAUGGAGAUCAGCAGCCCCAUCACAUCUGAUGAGGAGUAUCUCAGUCCCCUGGAGGAAGGCAUGGAUUUCGGUGGACCCGAGCCAGUGCGAAAUAUUGACACACGAUUUAGAAGUCCUCCGUCAUUCCUGGUGAGAUCUGCAAGACCUAAUUAGAUAUCUCAUUGGCUUUUUUGUAUUUAAUGUGAUGUUUAUAUGGUAAGCACUGACUGUGUUAAGAAGAUGGACAUCUAUGAUAUAGAACAUAGGCCACGCCUCCUCCACACUGAAAGUACACUGGAUAAGGAUGAGAGAACAUUAACUGAUAUUAACUUCUAUGUGCACAAAACACACUCUACUUUUCUAGAGAUGCAUCAGUAAUGAAAUUCUGGGCUGGUACCAAUAUUUGUCAGCUAAAAGCCAACUCUGAUGCUGAUGUUCUUUGUGAUUAUUCAUGCUUUUAAUGUUUUAGAGUUGUUGCCAGUCGCCCCAACUUCUAAAUUGUCAUUGGAAGACAUUCUGAUCUGUCUCCCAGAUAUUGCAAUACUCCCACAUAACCAACGUUCUCUCUCACAAAGCAAAUCAGAUUUCCUGCAGGUGGCUUCCUCCUCCAAAUGGAAAACUUCUUUUAUAGGCAUCAACAAAUGUAAAUUUUGUACUGAUUUGUCGGUGCAGCCCUUUGAAAUUGAAGUAAAAUCAGAUUACUUAUUAAAGUAAAACUGUGGAACAGCUUGCCCGAUUAACUUACAUAUUCGUGUGUAUAUAUGUGUAUAUAGGUAUGGUUGUAUAUAUGUUUAUAUAAGGUCUUUGUUUCAAUAUUAAUGAUGUUAGACUUUGGAGUUAUGGUUACUUUUUGGCGACUUCAGAAAUUCUAAAAUUCUAGAGACAUGUAAAGGGUCAACGAAUAAGAAGGAAUGAGGGUAGGUACUAAUAAGCUAAACAGCUUCUACCUACUCGUUUUCGAGCUCCAAAGAAAUAGAGAAUUUCUUGUCUAAAAUUAUACUGUAUGAAUAUUUGAUUGAAUAAAUAAUCUCUAAUGUAAUGUAAAAAUGUAAUGUGAAGUGCACACUAAAUUUAUAAAGUGAAAGAGGUUAGUGCGAGCAAAAACAGGACCUUCUUGUGCUGAUAUCGGUAUAUUUUCAGCCUGCCCAACUGCGCUUCACCCCGAUGAGUCGAUUUUUGGUCAAAAAUUUCAGGGUUUUAGUUGACCAAGAAUUUCUUUGGUUGAUUACAGCCCUAGAUGUCAGCGCCCAUUAUGGUGGUUAUAUUCACAUAACUUUUGUACAAAAGGAGCAGGUGAAGACAUGUCCUCCAUCUUUCCAUGCAGUCAGUGUCAUUCAUCAUCGACGCUUGUUUUUUGUUGUAUUUUCUCUGUUUUGUGAUGCCAACUUUAGUGUAACUUUAUUUUAGCCUCUAACUUGCAUUACAUUUCAAACAGGUAACCAUGAGUGAUCAAGCUGUCAUUGAAGGACAGGAAGUCACCAUGUCUGUCCGAAUUAGUGGACAACCCAAACCCAUGCUAUACUGGUAGGUUCCCCUUCACUGUCUUCGAGUGUCUUCAGGCUUUGCUUGCAUAAGUAGAAAAGUCUGUCUCUGCAUAACAACCAUGAGCUGAGCCUGUAUGCUUGGCUGCAUAGUUUGUCUUUCAGCAUGCUGCUUGAUUUCAUCUGUUAAAGGAAGUGGAAGCUUAAUGUUUACCGCCUAACAAUCUCCUGGCUGACAAAAAGAGUCUUAAUAGGGGAAAGUGAAGAAUAACAUGCUCACUGUGUUUACCACGGAGCUGCUCAGUGCCCAGAAACACAAAUGUCUGCCUAGACUAAUGAGCUCUUAGAUAACAAUCUGCAGUGCUGAGGCCAUCCAAAAAGAGCCUGAUAUGUUGCCGCUUCCUCACAGAGACAGGUUCUUUAGUGUUGGAGCAUCUCUUUUACAGCUUGUUUUAUCAGCCAGCGGCUCCGGGCUUCUGUUGAAGUAAGAGCAGCAGCUUCCAGCGGUAUACUCUGCAAUAAUCUAUGUUUUUCUUAAUGUCAGAAAGCCCUUGAAAGAACCAAGUAUAAUGUAUCACCCUUCCUUCUGCUAUAAGGCUCUUUCCUUCGAGUCAAACCCGCAUACAUCAUCCCGCUGCUGUAAAUAUUCACUGGCGCGCCCCUGGUGGAUUUAUCUACAGCUGAAAAUAGCUUCUAAUAAAAUACGCUGUUUGCUUUUGUAUGAGUAAUGUAAGCCGAACACAACAGUGCCCGGGCAAUUACAGAGUUCUGUGUAGAAGAAAAACUUUGUAAAAGUGAUUUUUUUAUAAAGAUUGAUAUUUUCGACUACCUACCAUAGGUUCUCUCCCAAAUCUAAUCACCUCUUAGUCUCUGCUCCAGCACUUUAAAGCAUGUAAUUCAGGUAAUCAGUUUAGUACCUGCGGGUUUUUGCCACGGGGGAGCCUCAGGUCUUAAAACAUGAAGGUAAUGCCGACAAGUCAAAAGCUGCAGCUCUGUGAGCGCCCUCUAGAGGCUGGCUCCCAAAACCAGGGAAGCCACGUCUAUUUAUACAGUUUACAGUCUGGUUUAAAAUAAAACAACACUCCAUUCCUUUACUUCAUUUCUGUUUUUAGGACAGCUGUGAAGGCGGAUUUAUUUUUAGGACUCUUUUAAAUUAAUUAUAUCAAGGCUAAAAGUGAAGCAGAAUUACGAAGGUGGGGCAGGGACGCUAUGGCAACUAAUAAGUGAUGUCAAUGAGACUACCAUGCAACAUCCUGUUAGAUUUUCAAAAUAAAGCCCUCAAGUGUAAGAUGUAAAAUAGUGAUUGAGGCUUUACUGCAGAAACAACAUGAUGAACUAUAGGGAGGAAAAAAACAGUUUAGACCUAAAUAAGCACUUCAAAUUGACAUGGACAUAGAAAACGUCACAUUUUCACCUCACAAAUUAUACUAUUGCAAUGAUAAUUGAUAAUUUCGUGAUGAUAAUAUGACAAAGCCUUCUCUGAUUUUCAGAAUAAUGCAUCUUAUCGCAGUUUUACAGGGUUUCUAUGCAAAUAUCCAAAGUAUGGAAAAAGAUUUGAUCAAUUUCCAGGUGUUAAAAAGUAUUGAAAAUGAAAAAUAAAGUAUGGAAAAAUAUUUAUGUUCCCAGACUAUUACUACAGUUCUAAAAUUCUGUUUUCUAAAACAGAAAAGUAGGUAUUCACAAAAAUAAUCCUAAAACAAAGGGUAUGGAAAGGUACGGAAAUUCCAGCUGUGUAGGAACCCUGAUUUUAGGAAAUGCUUUUAUUUCUAAUUGAAAUAGAUGAAAUGUAAUUUCUUCUCCUAAUCCAUACAGCAGUCUGAAUCUCAAAUAAAGAGCGUCAGCCCCGGCAGGAAAGAUGGAGUGUAUCGAGUUAUUGACUAACACGUCGUAGGUGUUGGUCUUUUUAUGGGAUUUGUUGACAUUAAGAGAGAGAUACAGAAUAUCGUCAGCCUUAUCCUUUAAUAUAGGAGCCGAGAAUAAGCUGAAUCACCAAGGCAGGUUCUGUCACUGGAGUUAGUCAUGGCUCUCGAGAGACAAUAGCAAAGAACAAAGUGCUAAACAUAAUAUUGGCAGCCCUGGAUAAUGUAUCCCACCCCCAUUCUCCUUCCUACCAGCCAGAGGAGAGCUCGCAGCAGAAAAAUGGUGUGCUUGCUUGGUCAUCCCUUAUUGCAUAAAUAUGAUAUUAAAAAAUAAACUCUGAGUGGUGCACCAGUGAUUCAUCACUUGUGUUAAAGCGUUGGAACCGAUUCUGCUCUUUUGUAGGCUGAGGGACAGAGUAACGGUGAAAUCAGGCCCACGCCACAUCGUCCGGGAGACAGAGGAAGGCACUUUUGAAAUGACCGUCAAGUCAGCUGUAAGAUCAGACUCUGGGAUCUACACCUGCAAAAUCAUUAAUGAGUAUGGGACAAAGCAGUGUGAGGGGAGGCUGGAAGUCAAAGGUAAGCCUCUUUAUUACAAGCGUAAAAUCCAUAUUUGUACCAUACACCCAUAAUGACCUGAAACUAGUUCACAACACGUACGUCCAGGUGUUAGUGAUCAGCACUCUUCAGAAAAUGUCCUUCAUUUCAACUCAGCUCCACCAGUUGAGCCGGGUCUGGCCGUGAUCCGCCCGGUCAGGGACAUCACAGCCAAGGCCGGAGAGACCGUUCUGUUUGAGUGUCACGUCAUCGGACCGAAGGACACUGACGUGGACUGGCUGGCAGAUGGGAAACUGAUCCAGCCGGCAUUGCUCAACUGUAAGAUGCACUUUGAUGGGAGAAAGUGCCGCCUGCUGCUCAACUCGGUACACGAGGACGACAGCGGGACGUACAUGUGCAAGCUGAGCACUGCUAAAGGUACUCCUCGAGAGUGAACAACACAUAUUAAAGGUGGGGGAGGCAGGAUCUGAGGAAGUGCCAGUUUUUGGGAGAAAUCUUGAAUGUAAACACUAACCCUCCCAACCAGUUUUCCUCCUCUCCCCUCCCUCUCUGCUCCAGAAAGCCCCGCCCACAAACAGACGCUCCUGUUCCAAUUAAAUUCAGAUAUAAUGCAGAUAAAUACUUCAGAUCAUUACAAAUGGGGCCCAGUCAAUGUGAAAGUAAAAAGCAUUGGUGCUACUGUAGAUGCCAACAGACUACCAGCAAACACAAUGUAGGACUUCUACAACUAGGAUAAAGUGACAUAGUCCAGGACCCGAGGUCAAGGGUUUAGCGGCGCUACAAGACGCAUACAAGAAACACUUCUGUUACAGACACUUGUCUUACUUUGUUAAAGCGGUUUACCUGUCCAGAAGAAAGGUUACAGGGUCUGUAAGAUCCCAAAGCAUCCCUCAUCUUGUUGACCCGGCUUUUUAACUCUUGUCUAGGUGGUCUACCUCCUUUUUAAGCGCCUGUUAUUCCACCAGAGUCUCCGGUUUUACUUGGUUUUCUUGCUUGUGUUGGCAGUCGUGGCUAGAAGAGGAUUCAGACAAUUUUCUGCACUUUCUGGUUGGUUUCUACUGUCUGAUAUUGUAGCACGCUAACUUUGUUUGGGCUCCUGAACGACACGGGGGAGCAGUGUGUACCUCAGAACCAAUCAGGUUGGAGGAUGUAAAAUGUAAAAUGUUGACUACACAGGCAUAACAAAACGCACCGAUAUCAUUAUAUUCCCAAAUGUCAUCAAUAACUAAUAACUAUUGACUGAUAUUAAAAGCUUUUUUUGUAUAAACACCACAAAAAAAGAUGCUUCUUUAACGGAUUCCUGCCUACCCCACCUUUAAAUGAUAUUUAAGAAUUAAAACAACUUCUUUGUAAUUGAGGUUAUCGGUCUGUUGUCUGUUUUGACUGAAUUUCACUUCUUCCUCUCCAGAGGAGUUGACUUCAUGUGGAAAACUCAAAGUCCUUCCUUCACUUGAGCCUCUCUUUACCCGCAAGCUGGACGUUCUCGAGGUGAUUGAGGGACGCAACGCUCGAUUCGACUGCAAAGUCAGCGGGACACCGGCUCCUAAAGUCAUCUGGAGUCACUUUGGUAGGAUUUUGCUGUCUACUGGUCUGGAAAUACAAACUGUGCGAAAAGAGGAUUUCACAUUAUAAAAGUUUAAAAGUGGUUUCCCAACAUGCGGGUUUGGAAUGAAGAGGCAGGUGUGUAGGGGGCCUUGAGACUGUAGCCUCGAGAGAAGACAAGUAGUGCUCAGCAAAAGCAGUGUGUGGGAUUUUCUCUUCGGAGGGCAGCUUUUAAAAUGUUCACCAUAACCUGUUCAUGACUGGUCAAAGUACUUUCAGUGUUCGACACAGAGCCCAAGUAACCUCAGAUUUAGCAGUAAAUCACAGUGCUGCAAAAUAAAACAGAUCAAGUGAUUUGAUUUCACUCGCUACAGCUCCUCUCCCCUUUAGCAGUGAUUAUCAGGAUUACAGUGUUUGCAGCUCCAGUCCAUUUCUCAUAAAGACAACUGGGUCAUCAUCUGACAUCAGUUGAAACACACUCUUAGACAGGUAGACCCGCUGUAACAGAGUUGCAGAUUCAUGCUUUGCUGACACUAAAUUUUGGCUCUUCACACUGAUGAUAAAAAAUCACACUUGCUUUGACGUGAGGACGAGGCGGUGUUCAGAGAGUCAGAGAGGAACAGGGAGAAGUCUGGGGUCCAAUUUUAGACUCUGUCAGUCAGAAAUGACUCUCCUCCCCUGCUUUUUCACCUGCCACUAUAGCUGCAUCAGAGCACAGGGUGAUGUGAAACUGCUACACCAUGCAGGUACUAGCGCUCCGAGGCAUUAUUUGUAAAAGAGUAGGAGGCAAAUGAGAUGUUUCAAGGAUGUUGUUGUAGGAAGAAACAAAUCUUAGAUACAUCCUGAGGCAAUUACACCAAACAACGAAAAGGAAAUGUCACCGCCACGUUUCUUUGUGUAUAAAAUUCAGGUUUCAAUGCUCUGAAUUAAUGCAACAACUUCAUUUUUGCAACAAAAGUCGAGAAAAUCGACUUAUGUAGCAGCACUGCAGAUGAAAUAGAGAGAAACAAAAGCUGGGCCCUCAUAUUACAUUCAGAAUAACGAAGAGCGCGUGUUAAAACUCAUUAUAAAGUCUCUUCAGGCUCUUUGCUCUCUGCAGAAAUAGGUCAGCAGUUACAUGAAGCCAGUGCACCCCGUGAAGGUUGUUCUUAAGUAUUAAUGACAGAGAUGACCACACGCUGUUCUGAACCACUUUGAGCUCAUCUCAAACGAAUCUAUUUCCCCAACAGAGUGUCAUUCACUGAAAAAAGUCUUUUUUUUAAAGAGGGGAAUAACUGGAAAAGUUACAGCUUGAAAUUUGGUGUGUGACUGAAUCUUUAAAUCUCCGUAGACCACCCGCUCACGGAGAGUGAGGACGUUCGGAUCCUUCAGGAAGGCGGCCGCCACUCUCUCAUCAUCUCCCAUGUGACGAGUGACGAUGAGGGUUUUUACACAGUCAUCGCCCGUAACCUCCACGGCGAAUCAGAGAGCUCUGCAGAACUUUACAUCCAGGAACCUCGGCCGGCCAUCUCCUCUCAGAUGUAAGAGCGUGGUCUUCACUACAUAUGAGGUGAAGGGGUUAUGUAUUCAUGUUGUCUAUCUUCUCUCCUUUUUUAGGGCCAAACUGGAGAAGAUGCCAUCAAUCCCAGAGGAGCCGGAGGUUCCAGAAAACGAGGUGGAGCGGUUCACCAUGCCAGACUUCAUCAAACCUCUUUACGACCUGGAUGUGAUCGAGGGGAAGGAAGCCGUGCUCAAAUGUAAAGUGGCGGGUUUGCCGUAUCCCACCAUCGUCUGGUUCCACAACGGCAAAAGGAUUGAGAGCACAGAGGACCGAAAGAUGACGCAGUGUGAGUGUUACUAAGUGGAUUAACAUUCGCCCAGUUUUCAGGCUUAUUAAAAGUGCUCCAAAACGUACAAAGCAAUUAAACUGCAGGCCGAAAUGAAAAUGACAUUUAAUUAUGUGUGUAAAAAAGGAGACUGUACCCUCAAAUUUUGACCAUCACAUGACCAGUGAGUAAUGCGAAACAUUCAAACACUAACCCCUGUGACUGCAUACCGAGUCUUUUUAUGAAAUAAUCCGUUAAAAAUACAAAAUCAAAGACAGGUGCUGUUAAAACUCGACAUUUUUAUCCUGUUUAAUCCCUUCAGAUGCUGACAGUCUCAUCUUCUAACAUCCUCUAAUCUCUGUUUUUUUUUUGUCUGUAGUUCGUGACGUUCACAGCCUGGUUAUCCGCUCUGUGUGCCACGCCCACGGCGGAGUCUAUAAGAGCGUCAUCUCGAACAAAAUCGGCAAAGCCACCUGCUACUCUCAUCUCUACGUCACAGGUGACUCAUGAACUGCAGCAGCUUUUGCCACGGCUGUUUUAAACUUUAUUUCAGCAGUAGUAGGGUCACAAAGUAUCUUAUUAUAUCUACUCCAGAAAAUACUCGUUUCAAGUGAGUCUCUCAUAGCUCUAGUGAUACAUGAUGGACAGCUGUAACCCUGUGAUUGCAUUAUUAUUGUCGAUAAUAGUGGAUCUUUUAAUCUAGCUGUAACCUCUGAUUGCGCUGCCAUCAUUUUCAGAUAUCCUCCCAGACCCUCCUGAUGGGACUCCAGUAAUAGAGUCCAUUACUGGUAAAACCAUCACCUUAAGCUGGAAGAAACCCAGAAGACUGGACCCUUCAAUUGGUAUAUACGGACCUGUUCACAUGAGUUCUAGACCAAACUGUUGUUUUUUGUAGAUGGGUGAUACCAUCUUGGUGUUUCUUUCAGAUCCCAGCACCCUGAUGUAUGCCAUCCAACAACAGGCCCUGGGCUCCAUCCAGUGGACCAUCAUAGCCUCCGGUCUGAAGGAGACCACCUUCACCAUCACUACCCUCUCCAAAAAUGUGCGCUACGCUUUCAGGGUCCUGACCAUCACCUCGAAAGCCUUCAGCAAGCCCUCACCUACCACCGAGCCGGUGCAGCUCCUGGAUAGAGGUUUAUACUUGGAUCUUUGAGACCAUUUAUUCAUCCAUCCAUCUAUCAGAGAACCAUUACAGUGAACUUCAAUGAUGUUCUUCUGACAGGUGCCUAUCUGCAGGAGGCUCCAGUGAUAGUUGAUAAACCAGAAAUUGUUUAUGUGAUUGAAAACCAAUCGGUCACCAUCACUAUCACCCUCAAUCAUGUCAACGCUGCAGUCGUCUGGAAGAGGUAUCUGCAUCUCUGAAACUUCUAUUUCAUCAUAACUGAACAUGCAUUAGUGCUUGGAUUUAAUUAGAUUGUUUUAUGAAAAAUAUACGCUCAUUUACAUUUAAUGUAUCACAGGUUCAAUACUCUGUGAGAGAAAAUCAGAGGCUCAAAAUCCAUUCUACCUCCAUUAUCUAUGAAAACAGUUUGUCGCUGUUCCCACGAAGCAGGGAAGCAGACUUUCAAUAAACAUGAUGCAGAAAUGCGUCAGUGUAAAUGGUAGGGAUGGGCGAUAUGGGCUAAAAAAUUUGUCACGAUAAGUUUUGCCAACCUGGCGAUAACAAUAGAAGUCCCGAUAAAAAAUCUUAUAAUUCAUGUUCUCUCUUCAGAAACCCACAAACAUCGUUCUUGGAUGGCACUUACCAGUCGGCAUAGUCGAGUAUUAAGUUACGGAUAAAACUAGUGACAUCAAACAAAUCUGAAAUGUGAAAACACUUUCAACAUUUAUUCACAACUCUUAUUGCACAAAGUGAAGAGCAGCAGCAGAUCCACUUCCGAUGUCAGGCAUACCUGAUUUCGCUUGUCGAAGCCCCAAUCUUUACCACUUUAGUCAUGUUUGUUUGCAGUUCUGUUCUGUGUGGUCUACGGCUGUGAGUCUAUCAACUUGUGUUAAUAGCAUUUAUCGUGAGAUUGCAAAUAAUUAUCAUGGAUAAAUGCGACUGAUAAUUUAUCGCCCAUCCCUAGUAAACGGCUCCACUGUGGUUAACUUACAAAUCUGAGAAUGUACCAUUAAUGCUGAACAACAUGUACGAGUUUAAAGGCAACAUAUGGUGCCGUCCAGAUGAUGCCUUUUUAGAGAAGAUCUUGCAUAUUUCAGUAAGACUCUGUAAAAAUCACAACAGCAUGGCUCUGUAGAAGAAGAGUCCAGGUGCUAAACUGACCCAGCUGUCAUUUGGUGCAGAGGAGACCCUGAACCGUUGAUCUGACCGGUCUGGAAUUGAGAUUAUUUUUGUUGUCACAUCCUUGUUGGUUGUUAUUCUAGCUGAAGUUUAUUUACAGCAAACAUGCCACCUCAUGCACCCAUUGUAUUACAGGAUAACCAGGCAGCAUGACAGACAGGCAUAAAUAUGUAUGACGGUGCAUACAGGCAGCUGUUCGAGACUGAGGGAUUAUUAUAGAUUCCAAACCAAUGAGGUCAAUAACAGUGACCUGAAUUACACUCAAGCAGCAGCCAAACAAAUACAGUAAUAGUCUGCUUCCCCACCUUUUAUAUAUUUAUUCGAGUUAAAGAUACAAACAUUUUUCAACAGGCGAGGAGCGAUCCUUUCCAGCAAGCCAGGUAUGAUUGAAAUGACAAUGCCAGACGACGACCAGCACACGCUGAAGCUGUUUAAAGUGAAGAGUUCUGAUAUCGGAGAGAUGAUGUUUUUGGCCUCCAACAAGCAUGGCAGCGACACCUGUACCUUCAACGUGGAACUAGCAGGUAAGCAGUGGGUAAAUUCACCCGUCCAGUUUUCUGUCAAAAGCUUCAUUUUUUCUGUCCUGAGUUUUUACGACUGUGUCCACAGCUCCACCCACCUUUGAAACAAUCAUGGAGGACUUGGAUGUCAGCUCUGGAGAGACACCUCGCUUUGCUGUGGUUGUGGAGGGCAAACCCGUCCCUGACAUCCUCUGGUUUAAGGUGUUUUUCUGUUACAGUAACUUAACUCUGAGUAAUUUUUCUAGUGAUUUUAGGAGAUAAUAAAAAUGCUGUCAUGGUAUUUGUUGUAAUUAAACCAUAUCUGCUUUCAGAAUGACAUCCUGCUGUCAGAAAGCAGUCAUUACACAUUUGUGUACGAUGACAACGAAUGCUCCCUGGUGGUCCUGAACGCUCGUCCAGAAGACUCCGGGGUGUACACCUGCACCGCAAGAAACUUAGCAGGAUCUGUGUCCUGUAAAGCUGAACUCACCAUCCACCAAGGUAAAAAGUCCGUCUCUAUAAUGCACGAAAAAUCCUUCAAAGGGAGGCAAAAUUUUAUCCCAAUCAAGCAUGCAGUGGAUGAGAUGUAGAUUUUAAUUUGACAAUCCGAAUCGACUCCUUCAGCUAAAGCUAAAGAGGAUCCAGUAGAUGAUGAACAGACGAUUUUAAGGAAAAUGCGCAGACUGACUGACUACUACGACAUUCACAAAGAAAUUGGAAGGUAAGCCGAUUAUCAGAGCAUGUUCGAACCUGAUAAUCAAUGGAUAAAUCAAGAUAUCCUCAUAGUAGACACUUUGAUCUAAUGACUUAACUGAAUUAAGAUUUAAGAGUUUCAAUUACCUGCAUUAAAAUGAUGGUUAAAAUCUUAAUUUCUUGUCUGAUUCUUCUCUUCAGAGGUGCAUUUUCCUAUGUGAAACGUGUAACCCAGAAGGUAGGCAAAAUGGAGUAUGCUGCAAAGUUUAUCUCCACCCGGGCCAAGAAGAAGGCGUCUGCGCUGAGAGAAAUGAAUCUGCUUUCCAAGCUGGACCACGAGAGAGUCCUUUAUUUUCACGACGCCUUUGAGAAAAAGAAUGCAGCCAUCAUCAUCACUGAGCUGUAUCCUUAUUAUGCAGCUUAAACACAGAGCUGCCUUAUGGAGGCCGGGAAAGACAGCGGAGGGUUAUCAUAUGCAAAAUAAAGUAUAAUAUGUCUGCCUUUUGUUCUGUGCAUACAAGCAAAAAGCAGUUAUUGUGCAGUGAGUCUAAUUUCCCAGAGUGUACAACCUUAAUUAAUCUGUAAAGAUGCCAUGAGGAGCUUCUUGACAGAUUUACGAGGAAAUCUACGGUUAUGGAGUCAGAUGUAAGUCCAGCUGAUCUUUUACUUAAAGCUGGGGUAGGCAACUUUGGAGGGACCAGCACGAGUCAGCUGGAGUGCAAAAGUAACCUCUCUUUUAAAUUUUUAUUUUUAUUUAUUGAUAUUAAUAUUUAUUUAUUUAUUUAUUUUUUUGUUAUUUGUUUUUUUAAAAAAAAGAAUUAAAACAUGCCACACAUAUCUGUGUAUAAAAAAAGUAACCUCUUUUUUAAUUUUUAAUUUUAAUUUUUAUUAAUUUAAUUUAAUUUAUUUUGUAUUUAUUUUCAAUAAAAAAAAAACAUGCCACUCAUAUCUAUGUGUAUAAAAAAAAGUAACCUCUUUAAACAACAUUCAGUCCUUUCCUCUUAAGACAGUCCCCUGAAACCCGAACACUACAGUCACUGCCAAAAAAUUCAGCGAAUAUUUUAUAAAAAUGUCCCUGAAAUAAAGUCCCUACCCCGGCUUUUGUCAUUUCCAAAUUGAUGAUCCAUUCUCAUGGUUAAUUCAUUUGAGAACUAACAGCCGUACUGAUCUGUUUGUGUUUGGGACUAACAGGUGCGCUCAUCUAUAAGACAGCUGCUGGAGGGACUGGACUAUCUUCAUCGUCUGAACAUCCUCCACCUGGACAUUAAGGUAGUUAACACUGAUCAUUACCCGACCUUUUCAUACUCUGAGUAUUUUCUUAAUUUUCUUAUUCCCUCCUCAGCCUGAUAAUAUCCUCAUGUCGGACGCCCACGGUGAUCAGAUCAGAAUCUGUGACUUUGGCAACGCAGUGGAAAUAACGCCUGAUGAGGCUCAGUACUGUAAAUACGGCACUCCGGAGUUUGUUGCUCCAGAAAUCGUCAAUCAGACGCCAGUGUCAAAAGCAACAGACAUCUGGUAAAGUAUCCCUUGAGUUUAAAAAUGGAUAAAAACUAUUAUCAUUUGUUUGAUUUGUUUUCUAAUUCCUCUCUUUAUUUGUCCAGGUCAGUUGGAGUUAUUGCAUAUCUGUGGUGAGCACAACUUUCAUCUAGUUAAAUCAAUUUUCAGUCUUGUUUCAUAUAUUCCAGGAUGCUGAAUGUCUAUUUGUGUGACUAAGUAUUUGUGUCUCCAUCCAGUCUGACAGGAGUUUCUCCAUUUGCUGGAGAGAACGACCGCAGCUCCGUCCUGAACAUCAGGAACUAUAACGUGGCCUUUGAGGAGAACAUGUUCGCUGAUCUUUGCAGAGAGGCGAAAGGGUUCAUCAUAAAGUUGCUCGUAGCAGACAGGCUGUGAGUAAACAAACUGGAUCUCUUUUUUUGUUAUCACAAUCAAGUCUGUGUUUUUCAGUAAAUUGAUUGAACAUAAACGCAUCUGAAGCUGAUUAAAUCUCCUGGGAGUCGUGAAACAGACUGAAAGAAUCACAGCUGUCUCUUUUUAAGCUUUUAAACAAGCUCAUUUCAGGGAUUUAGUUUUCUUCAUAGCUGUUUAACAGAUGGACAUGUUGCUCUUUAUCUAGAGAUUCCUCAAUCUCUGUCUGUCAGAUGCUUCACUUAAGAGAGCGACGAGCCUGUUUUAGCCAAAUAAUGGGAAAAAAAUUGACAAACUUGAACGGCUAAAAUAUUCUGUAAUCUUUCUUUAGGAGACCUGAUACUCAGGAAUGUCUCAGACACCCCUGGUUUAAGGUAACACUAAAUUUCUGGCUGUGGUUUCUACUUUAAAAUACUAAUCAAAGUACCAUCCUUAAUUUCAUGUUAACUUUUGUUGUUCAGACAUUACAUAAAGGGAAGGCCAUAAGCACAGACGCAUUGAAGAAGUUUGUGUCUCGCAGAAAGUGGCAGGUGAGGAUACUUUUAUCGUCUUGCUUUAAGCGCCACCUUAAAUCUAGAUUUGGUGAUGUUUCUGUUUUUAACAAAUCCUUCAUAUGUUCUCGAUUACAGCGUUCACUGAUCAGCUACAAAUCCAAAAUGGUCAUGAGGUCGAUACCCGAGUUGCUGAAUGAUUCCUCGAGUCACAUCUCCAUUGCGGUUCCCAGGCACCUUAAGGAAGGGUCACCUUUACCGUCAUCAUCCUCAGAUUCUGACGAAGACCUCGACGAACUGCCUUUUAUUCCGAUGCCGCUCAACAUGGAGUUCUCAGGAUCCAGGAUGUCGCUGAAUGACAUCCAGACUAACGAGCAGGAAACGGGAAAACAAGAUGGCAGCAAAAGGUCUGGGUCUGCUCAAGACCAGGAGGCUAUGGAGUGUGAGCCCAAACAAGCGGAUAAAGACGGGGUUGACGUAACUGGUAAAGGGCGCCAUCGGAAAAGGUCGUCACCUGACAACGAUAAGGGCUCCUCAGAUGAGGAGGCGCCUGCUGAGUUGCCGCAGAAGUCAGAGCUGAGGAAACCUCUGCGAAGGGGUUCGAGCAUGGAGUCGGACAAACCCGAGGGUGGACGGCGAAGAGGGGAGCUGAGACGAGGAGGGUCAGCUGACAGUGCGCUACUGCUCCGGAUAACACCUGAAGAGGGCGCUGCGGAAGGAAACCAAGAGGAAGGUAGGAGAGUUUUGAAGAAAGCCGUCUCGAUGGAACUACCGAGGAGGAGCACCAGUCCAGGAACCGUAAAGAUGAGCCAAGAAGACUAUGCUCUGAAACUGGAGCUGAUGAGACAGCGUCUGCUUCGCGGUGGAUCUGUGGACAACAAGAUGAGUGGACUGAGAGGACCUCUGUUGGAAACAUUAGGAAUGGGUGAUGAAAAACGGGCCGUACCCUCAGAUCGAUACCCUCGUACUGCUCGUUUGGGUCCCGCUCCACUAACGAGAGCUGCUUCCAGCGAUUCUGCUCGAGAUGAUAUUUCCAAACCCAAGAUUUUGCGCAAAACUGCGUCUUUCAGUCAAGGAGAUUCAGAGCCUAUAGCGCUGCAUCGUCGCUCAGGGGCUCCUUUGGAGAUUCCUUUGGCACAGGUAGAAGAAAGACGGCUGAAGGAGGCGAUAUCGAUGUCAUCACUCACCGACCAAACCAAGUUUGAUUCCCGGCCUGUGACACCCAGGGAUCCUUCACCCAAACCACCAACACCAGAAUCUGUUCUGCAAGAGAGUCCAACCAAAACCGAAAGUGAGGAAUCGUUCAUGGAAAAAGAGAUGAGGCCUGAUGAUAGCAUGAACGAAAGGAUGGACGGGCUGACGACAGAUAGCAAUUUUGACGAAAGAUCGAGCACGAGUGGCUUCUCAGAGAAGGACAUGAGCAUAUCAGAAGAACCGAUGAUCGAAUCAGAGUAUACGAGCCAGAGGAUGCCCACGCCUCCUCUUGCGGUGGAAAGCUCUAAACUUGAAGACAAAAUGGAGGAAGAAAAAAUGGAGGAAGGAGAGAAAGGAGAAGAGCAAGAAGAAAAAGAUGAGAUUAUGCAAGAAGAAGAAAGACCUGUUACCACUGCUAAGGAAAAUGUAGAAGUUGAUGAAGAGAAGGUAGAAGAAGAAGUAAACAUGCCUCCACAAUCUGAUGUGAUCAUGAGUACGGCGAGACCAACCCAAGAGCCUCUUUUUCCCUCGACAACCGUCGUGUCCACCUUUGUUCCACCCUCGCUUCCGGCUCGCGUCGUUCUCCCAGACGGAAGGACUUCAGCCUACGCCAGCAUCAUGCAGACCAUCAUGGUUCCUUCACUUCAGCCCCUGAAUGAACAAACCAUUGGCCCGUCUUCGCCUGUAGUCCUACCAAACACUUCGCCAUCACCAGGGUCAGUUCUACACCCACCUGCACCUACUCCGCUCAAGCCAGUCGUCAUCUCAACGACCGAGCACCCCGCUGUGUUCGCACGAGUGGCCUCCCCGGAAAUGAUCACAAAGGAACCCAGCCCACCGAAGACGAUCACACAUUCCUCAUCACAACAGGAGCUCUCAGCGGGAAUGGACUUAGAGGACAUUACCUCCGAGGAGGUCUUUGAGGCCCGCUUCAAAAAACGGGAGUCCUCCCUCUCUAGAAGCCUCAAGUUUCUGUCACGGUCCAAGAAUGAGGAGAAAUUACAAGGAACUUCAUCAGACUCCACAGAAUCAGGGGAGGAGAUUUACAGACCCAGGCCAGUUGGUGCACCGUUGGAAUUAGCACCAAGGAGACUUGAGGAGAAGUCAAAGUCAGUCCAGGACCUUCGUGAGGCUCAAAAGGACCAAGGCUUUAUGCGAAGACUAUCUUUGCGGUUGAAGAGAACGCCAUCUACUGAGCGCAAGGAGGAAGCGACCAAAGAGGAUGACUCGGCCUCAAGGCGUAGACUCUCCUGGACUCUUGGCCGGAAAGGGUCACAAGAAAGAAGGGAGGUAGAGAUGAUGCGCAUGGACGGUGGAGGUGAUUCACUGGAAGACCAAGAUGAGAAGGAUCUUAAGAAACCUAAUCAAUCACCAGUUCUGGCGAUGCGAAAGAAGAUCGAAUCAACCGUGGCGGGUAUCUCCACGAGGAUCCGCAGCUACUCAGAGGAAAGGAAAGCAUCAGAAGACAAGGAGUCCAAGAGGACGCCUAUCCUUUCCAUGCUUCGCCGCGCCACUUCAGAGAGCCGAGCUCCAAAGGUCGUCGGUGUUCCUCAAAACCAGCUGGCAGCUCAGACCAGUAAUGGUGCCUCAACAGAGUCUCUGGACUCAAUGAAGUCAGACACAUUAAAAUGUAUAAAGAAACAAAAAAUGUGAAUUCAUUCAAGGUUAGAGUUUGUUGAUUUAGUCGAUGACAGAGUUGGUCUUUCUUCUGUUAAAAGCUGCGGAGGCUGAGCGCAGAUCUCGCUGGGAUCGAUGGGGCCUGACCAGAGGGAGACGAGACAAGACGGUAUCACAGCCGGACAUACCAACAGCAAUCUCCAGAGAAAAUAGUUCCCUACGCUCGCGCCAGUACUCCAAACUUGCUUCUGGUAAGUGACCGAGUGACCCUAGUGUCCGUGUGGAGUAUUUGACAUGAAGCACAUUUAUUCAGUGUCAGCGGUGUCAUUGUGUGGACAGUUUAAUCCUUGAUCGUCACUACCGUACUGAGAAAUUGUUUUAGUGUUCCUGUUCCUCACUUAGCGUCACAGUGAACAUGAGCAGUGGUGUGACAGCAUAAUAAUAUCAAGUAAAGUUUGUGAAAAAUUUACACGUUUUUUUGUGAUCAACUUUUUAUUUAAUUUAACUUAAAAGAGUAGAAAGGUACAAGUCAGUGUUACAGCAAUGAAUAAUAAGAUAUAUAUUUGCAUAUACCCAGACCUAUAAAUGUAUGUAGAUACAUAUAAAAAUAAGUAAAUAAAUAAAUGAAACAAGUAUAUAUAUAUAUAUAGAAAUAAGUAAAAUAAGAGUAAAGACAAAUAUACAAGAGGUGAAAUAAUAAUAAAUUACACAUGCAUGUAACAAGAUCAAAGAAAAAUAAAUAAUUAAAAAUUAAGUUGACAUAAAAGUCCAAUUACAGCCAAAAAUAGCAGGUACAGUGUCUGUGUAGAACAUAAAGACCUAGAUGUUUGCUGCUAGAAGUUGAUCUAUCAGCUCAUUGAUAAUUAUUGGCAUCACAUUGUAGAGCAGUUCCAACUAUCAAUAUAUAGUAUUGAUUCAUUCUAAAUUUUCUAAUGUUUGGUGCAGAUUUCCCUCCUGUUUUCCACAUCAAACUGAGAGAUCAUGUCCUGCUGGAAGGAGAUCCGGUCACACUCAGCUGUCUGCCAGCAGGCAGCCCCCACCCACAGAUCAGCUGGAUGAAAGGUAAGGGUCUCAGCAUGUCUCACAGAUGGAUGCUCAGAAUUUAAGUGACUUUAAAAACUUAUUUUUGUAUGUUUUAUUUUGUUUCCUCAGAUAAGAAGCCCUUGCAGAUCGAUGCCAGGAUGAACAUGAUCGCCUGCCCUGAUGGCAGACAGCUGCUGAUGAUCAUGCAGACCACCAAGAAGGACGCAGGGGUCUAUGAAUGUGUUGCUGCAAACCCCCUGGCUUCUGUGUCCAGCUCUUGCACAAUCUCUCUUGCUCGUGAGACUUUGAAUAUUUGAAUCUUAGUUGAAUGUCAUACUUAAAACAAAGAAAUACAAUAAUAGAUACUGUAAAAGUGUAAUGGUGGUAAUACAGAUACAUUUGCGCCUGCAGGUCUGCCCAAUCGUCCCGGGACCCCUGAAAUACCUCAGAAGUACAACAACACAGCCCUGGUACUGUGGAGGCCCUCGGACACCAUGGCUCCUUGCACGUACUCCCUGGAAAGGAAAACAGAGGGUCAGUUCUGUCAACUCUGGUUCAGAGAUUAGUCUGUAUUCGCCUCGACAAGAGAGGGAAGUCAAGUGCAAAACCGCCCACUGUACCCUGAGGCCUGCAGCAGCGAUUGUGGUUGACCUCUCUCACCCCUGACACAGACUCUCUGGUCUGAGAGCCCCCCCCCCCAAAGGCAAGAGGCUGCGGUCCAUCAGGGUCAAAACCUCUUGCCACAAAACCAGUUUCUUCUUCUUCUCUGCUGCAGGCCUCAUCAAUGACGCUCAAGCCUACAAACAUGUGCUCACUGUCGUAUGGUUCUGUAUCAUUUUUAACAGGUUCCAUAUGUUGGUAUUCUAGCUGUUGACAUGUCCUAGGUUUAUUUUAAGUGAGCUUUUCAUCCAGCUGCAAAGAUUCAGCCUCUGUGUCUGUGGGGGCUAACCUCUUUAUCCACGCGCAGGGAUGCUCUAAUAAUGAGGCAGUGCUCUGAAUGGCUGCCUGAUCUAGACUGAGGGUUUCAGAUCAGUCGAGAUGUGGUUUAACAACAAAUAGCUAAAUAGUUAGAUAGGUUUUUACUCAUGUUUUACCCUUAGAUCAUCACGCAACACUGAUCUUAUUUUGUAUUUUUGUGCCCCAGGUGAAACCAGCUGGCUGAUUGUGGCUACAGGAGUGGCAGACUGUUAUUACAAUGUGGUUGACUUACCAGCAGGGGGCUCCUUCAGGUUCAGGGUGGCCUGUGUGAAUAAAGCUGGCCAAGGCCCCUACAGCAACCUGUCAGAGGUGGUCAGCAUGGAUGCUUCAGGUCAGUGUGAAAUUUGUAUUUUGAUGCGUUCAUGUCUUCAGAAAAGAGGAAGUGUUGUUUUUAGCUCAUCGCCCAGUUUUCAGACAAGGUGUACUCCUUAUCUAAGAAUCUUUUGCUCCUCUUCUUCAGUUCAUUCAUCAGAACCAGCUAAAUCCAGUUCUGCUGUGGUGGUCAAGACUGUCCCGACAACGUCCCCUCCUCCACCUGUGGUGAUGAUGUCGUCAAUGAAAGUGCCUCCCAUUAAACCAGCUCCUCCUAAAUCCACCACAGCCACAACGACCGCUCCCUCUGUGUCAGCUCCAGCUCCAGCUCCAGCUCCCUCUAAACCCACUACAGCAGCACCACCCGCUCCCUCAGUGCCCACUCCAGCUCCAACUCCAGCUCCAGCUCCUGCUCCAACUCCAACUCCAACUCCAGCUCCACCUGUGGUUAAAUCUCCUCCCCCAGUACAGGUAGAUGCAAGCCGACCUGUAGUUGCGCCGCCCGUUAGUGCACCAUCUCCUGCACCGACCACCGCAGUUCCACCCGCCAAAGCCAAGACCACUCUGAGCAUCAGUGUCAGCAAACCUCAAACCAAACUGUCCGCCCCUCCUGUUGUCCCGCCCAAACCCCGCAGUCCUGUGACCUCAAACCCCUCCAUCAUCAACAAGCCCCCAUCCCCUGCACCCGUCAUCGGGAAGCCUAUUUCAUCCAUCCCCAUGUACGUACCAGCCGCGACCUCUCGUGUCACUCCGCCUUCUCAACCUGCUCCCACUCCAACGACGCCCACCGCCCCUUCAGUCCCUCCUGUGGUCAUCUCGCCGCCCGUGGUGGUGGUGCAGAGCUUGACGCCCUUGGUGCUGCAGGGUGGAGACAACAGGGGCACCCCGUCAGGGAGGCUCACACCAUCAGGACGGCUCACACCAACAGGACGGGUCACACCUUCAGGACGCAGGACGCCACUGGGCAAGCCAGGAGAGGGAUCUCUGCGCCAGGGGGUUCCACAGAAACCUUACACCUUCAUGGAUGAGAAAGCAAGGUAGUGAAAAUAUGAAGCAUGUUUAACAAAAAUACAGCUCCCUCUCUGCUUUUCGCCGCCUCACUUCAUUACUCAUUCCUUAUCACACAGGGGUCGGUUUGGCGUGAUCCGAGAAUGCCGUGAAAACGCCACAGGAAACCUCUUCAUGGCUAAGAUCGUUCCGUACGAGGCAGACAGCAAACAGGAGGUGCUGCAGGAGUACGACAUCCUCAAGUCCCUCCAUCAUGACAGGAUCAUGGCCCUGCAUGAGGCUUAUGUCACACCCCGCUACCUGGUGCUUAUCUCCGAGUACUGCAGCGGGAAGGAGCUGCUCUUCAGCCUCAUAGACAGGUGAAGACAAACACCUGCUCCUGAUCGAUGUUUGUCCUUCACAUGUGGAAUAGUUUCUCUGUCCUGUUUGUGCUAAAUGAGAAGAUUUUCUGUCGAAAUGCAUCAACGAGCCGCUGCUCCAAGCUGUUGUUUGUUUUGCUUCAGGUUCCGUUACUCAGAGGAUGACGUGGUGACCUAUGUCGUGCAGAUCCUCCAGGGUCUGGAUUAUCUCCACACACGGCGAAUCCUCCACCUGGACAUCAAGCCAGAGAACAUCAUCGUCACCUACAUGAACGUUAUCAAGAUCAUCGACUUUGGCAGCGCUCAGACAUUCAACCCUCUCUUCCUCAAGCAGUUCAGCCCUCCUAUCGGAACACUGGAGUAUAUGUGUAAGUCCAACGCUGCAGGGAAAGUGAUAAAAGCAGCAUUUAGCCGUAUUUUAGAGCAACAAUUGAUCACAAGGCUGUGCACAGAGAACUAUCCACUCUGUAAUCUCACCAAAUCCAGCCCAACGUAGAUCGCAAAGAGAUGCAGUCAGCAACAAACAAGCAAGUAUUUACAUCAUGUCUAUAUAUCGAUGCUCCUAUUUAUUAUAAUCAAAGUAAGUUGAAUGAAUGUGUUUAUUCAGGAGGUCUCAUUAGACCAGGAUCAUGAUGACGAUUACCGACACAAAUGAUCAUACUUUAUUAUAAACAAAUGGACCAACUAUAACUAUUACUUUAACUGAUUUUUAGUCAGACAGUUCCUGGUUGUUGAUCGUGUUUGUCGUCUUGCUUGCAGAUAUUUUUUUUGCAUGUUUAUAUCCUGUUAAGUGAUAAUUUAUUAUUUUUAACCAGCAGAGUCCACAGGUGGAUUCUGGGUACUGAUGGGCAGUAGUGACAUUGACAGAGCAGAAAGAGAGAGGGAGAGGAAAUUUUGCAGCUUAUAUAGACAACCAGAUUUGUAGAGAGGCUCGAGGUCUCUGCUAGGACUAGCUCGCAGACUCGGAUCCAUUUAAGCUGCAGGGGCACAUCCAGAGGGAUGGCCAGAGGUGGCAUCACCCCCCCUGAAUGACCACCCCUGGUAGUAGGGCUGGGCGAUAAACCGAAAAUUUAUAUUGAUUUUAGGCCAUAUCGCCCAGCCCUUCAUGGUAUCAUGAAUAAUAACUAGCUAUCUGCAGGAUUUACCGUAAUAUCUGGAAUAGAAAUCAAGGAUAAACUAUAAAUACAUAAGGGGUACAGAGGGUGUGAUAAAAAGGCGAAGAUACUGUAGGUUUUGCAGGAUUGAGGUCUUAUAUGUAUUUUGUUUUUUUCAACUAAGUCUAGGGAUGAAAGCUCUGGUCUUUCACUCAUUUAUUCAUAAUAUGAGAACAAAAAUUCAGUGGUUUUACAAGUACGUAUCAGUCCAUUUGUGAAUCAGAGUAAUAAAAAUACAACUUAUGAGCCUGCAAAUUAGAAUAAUGUUUCUUUUCGGUACUGAAUUAUUUGGAAAAUGACCAAAAAAAAAAGUCAAAACUUGAAGAAAUAGAAAUAUAAAAGAGUUGAAGCUAAAUAUUUUACUCUUGUCGGUCUAUUGUGUGAUGGAGCUCUUCAGUGAUUCCCGUUUUUGUGGACAGUUUAUAUAACGGUUUUGUCAGUGGGCGUGCUCUAGCUGUGAAACCAGGAGAAUUCUGAACUUACUAAAACUCUGUAUUCACACAUUUCUCAAAUCUUAACUCCAAAUCAACUCAGUCCAUGCAGAGAAUCACACGCAUGAAGUUAUGAACUCUGGUUGGAGCGGUUUAAAGGCUUUUUGUCGGUGUAAUUGAACUUCUGUGUGGUGUGACGAAGCCUGUGAAUUCCCCCUCUCUUCGUCUUGCAGCUCCAGAGAUGUUGAAAGGGGAUGUUGUGGGCCCUCCAGCUGACAUCUGGAGCGUGGGUGUACUGACUUUCAUCAUGUGAGUACAGUGUUCGCAGCUUCCACCCGGCGGGUCCUCUUUAAAAAGAAAUAUUCUCUGUGUGUGAAAUGAAGCUUGUGGUUUAAUAUUUGUCCACUGCACGGUCUUAGAGGCGUUAAUGACAGAGACAUCUUGAUGUUCUUUUAAUAUGUGUUUAAGUCACAACCAACAGUUUGAGCCAUUGGGAUUUCAUAGCGCGUUCUUCAAAUGAUCUGGACUGUAUGACUUUUACGUCUGGACUUGCACUUAUUUUCCAGGUUGAGCGGCAGGUCGCCUUUCACCGAAGUUGAUCCUCAGGAGACUGAAGCCAGGAUCCAGGCGGCGAAGUUUGACCUCUCUAAACUCUACCAGAAUGUGUCCCAAAGUGCCUCUCUGUUUCUUAAAAAGAUCCUCUGUAGCUACCCUUGGUAAGUUCAGCAUCAGACCUGUUUUAAAACCCCAGUUCAUCGAUAUGUAUCAAUAAAAACUGAGUUUGAUGGAGGAAAAUAGUACAAAACAUGCUCUUCCUCUGAUAUGACAUUGUCUGGAUGGUGGUAUUACGAUGCCCCAAAACCUGUCUGUAUUAAUCAGCAUUACAGAAACGGUGCGUUCCUCGAUGUGGAAGCUACCCAUACCAGGGGCACUUGUACCCCCUUAUACCAUCAGGGAUUUGGGCUUUUGAGCUCUGCACUGAUAAUCAGCUUGGUGGUCUCUUUUCUCUUCUGAGCUGGGGAUGUUGCAUUCAUAAUUUGCAUGUGUAUAUUUUGUGACCAUGCAGUGAGUUCCUCUACAAAGUCGUGUCUGUUUUUAUUGCGCUGCCACCUCAGGGCUUUGAAGGAUAUUCCGGCGUAAAAUUUAGUUAUGGUCAAACACAACGUAACAGUGAGUUAGACACCACCCGAGGGAUGAAUGUUGCUGAGUGCUUGCUUCUCUAGUUAUACCAACUUUAAUUACGACCACAGAUAGCAAUACACAGUGGUCUGAGGAGCCAUAAACUGACCUCAACCAAAAUGCCACUCUAUAGCCACAAAUAAUGCUCAGGGGCCUCAUUUAUAAAGCUUGCUUACGCACAAUACCUGGCUAGAAAUUGCGUACGCCACUUCUUACGCAAGAGUUGGGAUUUAUAAAAGAAAAACUAGUGUAGGAAUGUGCGCAACUUUAAGCAAACUCCACACCUUGCUUACGCACUUUUUGGAGACAAUCGGAGCAAGGUGAGAAUAGUCCGGGUGAUGCGUUCAGCACAACGGAUGACUCGAUGCAGCCUUUCUGUCCUGAGAGCUGCAGCUGCCGUACCAGACAGUGAUGCUCGCAGAAAGCACAGACCCCACUGUGGCGGUGUAGAUAGUUUGCCAAUUUGAAUUUACAAAUGUGCAAAAAAACAAAUUCCAUUUACAUGCAUUUGUUUUAAGAUUAAUAUGACUAAAUCUUUUUGGUUUACGAACUUUCACCACAUAAGCAGCGGUGGAUAACGGAGCAUUUUUUUUUUUUUUGAACACAUGCACGAGUGUCACACGUGCAUGUUUUUUUUUAUUCUCACCUGUCGCCGCCACGCUCUCAUGGUGCAAAGCCACUUUUUUCUUUGCCUCCACCUUUAGAUCAGACCACUUCUUCUUGAUUUCGGCACAGUUUUGUUUUCGUCUACGUCAGGGGUGUCAAAGUCAAAUGGACGGAGGGCCAAAUAAAAAAUUUAGCUACAAGCCGAGGGCCGGACUGAUAGAAUGUUCAUUGAAAAUUUUUUAAAUGACGCAUAUAGUCUAGUGAACCUAACUGAACCUACUGAAAACCUAACAAAUAUAUUCCAAUAUGAUCAGAUAAAUAAAGCAAUAUUUUCUUAUGGCUCUGUCAGUAAUCUUUAAUUUUCAACAGACACAAAAGACAAAUUUCCUUUAUAUAAAAAUCCCCAUAACAUGAACAUUAAAUGAAAGAAACCGGUAUUAUUCAAGGCACCAUCAGUAGCCUAUAUUUUCUAUUUUAGCAAAAGUGGGCUAAAUUUACUUCAAAGAAAAAAAUAAUAAUAGCAAUUUUCUAUCAUCCACUCAACUGAAAUAUUUUUAAAAUAUAAUUGGAUUGAAAUACAAUAAAAACGUGUUUCGUUUCAUAAUGUCGUCCCAGCAGUGGCGGUUCUAGACCAAAUUACUCCCCGGGCGAGCACCCCUCCAAGUGCUCCAAGAUCCUGAGGUUCUCUGACGUGUUAAGGUUUACAAAACAGCUGCUAUCUCGGCCUCUGUAGUAGAUAGAAACAAAAUUCAAAAAGUAUUGGAGAGCUUAAACAUGUGGCUUUCAAGAAAGCUCUCUUUUAGUUUUGCGAACCUUCAUCACAUCUUUGAAAAAGAACAAACAAACUCAAAUGAAAUAAGGCGGCUGUAUAAAUAAAAGUAAAGGCUCUGCACUGGAGAAUGACAAAUAAUUUGCUUUCUGUUAAACAAGUGGCAGUCAUGAUAAAGUGUCCAUUCAAUAGAAAUGUAAAUAUAGAAAAUAAGGUGUUGAAAGGGUAAACAGCUGCCCCAGUAUAGUGCCAGUACAAAAGCAGAACUAAAAACUAAAAAAUGAAUAAAUAAAUACGUGGCUGACAGUGUGUUCAUCUCUGUUCUCACCCAAAGUCAUGCAACACUCAGAGAAAACGCUGAUAGUGUGAGCCAAAGCACUCCAUAUGAAGAGGUUGUUCACACUGCUGGAUGUUUCUCCUCUGAAGCUGCUCUCUGUCUCGGUCAUUGUUUACUUUACUCAUUAAGCUCAUCAAGCACGUAGCAAGAUCCGAGCAUGAACCCGAGCGCUUUAUUCGCCUAUCAAAGGCAGACGGGUACGGUGAUUUCACUCACCGCGACUCCAGAAAUGAUUAAAAAACUACAAAAUGACGUAUCCGCUCUCCCGCUGAUAUGCUGACAUGCGUACACAGAGCAGAGCUGUCCCCCCGCGACUCUCUCCCCGCCUCGUCUCCUACAGUCUGUCAGCCUCUGUGCAGCACCUUCGGAGCAAGCAGGGGCGCCUACAGCAACGGGGGGGCGCCAAUUUGACAACAAGAGUUAAUACAAAACCGCUUUGCGGUUAAGAUUUUUUAUUAUUAUCUUUUAUUUUAUUUUUUUGGAAGUGCUCGUGCCGCCCCCCAUGAGUCAUGACACAAAUGCCGCCCCGGGCGGCUGCCCUGUUCGCCCGUGCCUAGAACCGCUACUGCGUCCCAGAUUAUACUCUUUCAGUACCGCCACACUUUCUCCACACAGAAGACACACAGGUUUUCCAGCUACCUCCGUGAACAUAUACUCCGACUCCCACCUUGUUUGAAACCCCCGGUUCUCAGUGUCCACCUUCCGUUUUGCCAUUUUUGAUGGGUAUCUGAAAGUUAAUUUUACUGUUAUGCUGACGACUGCUGUGCUAAUAAAUAUUGAAAUGAAGCAGCCUACUGCUCGGUGCGUCACCGUUGCAUUGUGGGAAAUGUAGUAUUGGUGCGUCUAAAAGAUCUGCGGGCUGCCGGCUUGCUGCGGUCUGCGGGCCGGUUCUAAUAAUAAAUCAAGAUCAUCCCAGGGGCCGUAAAAAACCUUCUCGCGGGCCGGAUGUGGCCCGCGGGCCUUGACUCUGACAUAUGUGGUCUACGUCAUCGUCAACGAAAACAAAACUCCACGUGUUUGCGCGCGCGCGUGCGUGUGUGUCUGUGUGUUGGAGGAGCACAGCAGGCUGAUGAGAGCUGACAGAAGCUGCUCUUAUAUGUUUAGCGUUUAACUGACUGAGUUUUGCAACUCUGUUCGUCAUUUUCACCCCGCUGUAGUCUGUAAUGGACUGGCCUGAGGUCCCGCUACAAACAAGCGACUGCUGGAAGAGAGUAGGUGAGUUGUGUUUAGUCUCUUAGAAAUAAGUCAAAGUUAAAAAGAUGUUUGGUGGCUAGUGCUGUGGUUGGGACUCUAUAUGUCCUGUUGAUGAAGUUAGGUGCUGUUCUGAGCGUUAUUUGUGGCUAUAGAGUGGCGUUUUGGUUGAGGUUUGUUUAUGGCUCCUCAGACCGCUGUGUAUUGCUAUCCUGCGGUCGUAACUAAAGUUGGUAUAACUGGAGAAGUAAGCGGUCUGCAACAUUCAUCUCUAGAGGGGGUGUCUAAACUCGGUGUUACGGUGUGUUUGACCCUAAAUUAAUUUUACGUCGGAAUAUCCCUUGAAGAUCCCAGCAGCAUCUAUUCAGUGCAGCAAUUUCAUCAUGUUCUCUGUCUUCUCUGAAUGAUAACAUUUACUGAAAAUGACGACUCUGCUUUUCUAGAAUUCCCUGUUUUAAUCCAGUCCAGGUCUGUAGAUAUCCUUGAGUCCUCACUGUCUUCUCUCGAACAGGGCCCGUCCCUCCAUUAAGGACUGCUAUAACAACUCCUGGCUUCAGGACGCCUACCUGAUGCGCCUUCGUAGGCAGACUCUCACCUUUACAACCACCCGUCUCAAGGAAUUCCUGGCCGACCAGCAGCGCAAGCGAGAGCUGGUGGCCACCAAGCACAAAGUUCUCCUGCGGUCCUACCAGAGCUCACCACAAACCCCCACCAGCCCCGCCACGCCGAAUGUGCCAACCACACCCAUCACUCCCACCACACCUGUCACGCAGUGA